AUGCCAAAUAAUGUAGGAGCAAGGACACAGCCUUGCUUUACCCCGUUCUUUAUUUGGAAGGCGCCUGAUGUUGAACCAUUGUGCUUGGUAAAUCCAUGUCGCAGGAGACCAUGUAAGAACGGCGGCACAUGUAUCAGGAAAGGACGUAGAUUCACCUGUAAAUGCAAACCUGGUUACUCUGGAAGAUAUUGUAAUAGAUUGGUAAAUCCAUGUCUCAGGAGACCAUCUAAGAACCGCGCCACAUGUGUCAGGAGAAAACGUAGAUACUUUUGUACAUGCAGACCUGGUUACUCUGGAAUAUGCUGUACUAUAUUCAACCCAUGCUAUACGAAACCAUGUAAGAACGGCGGCGAAUGUAUCAGGAAAGGACAUACAUUUACUUGUAACUGCCGACCUGGUUACACUGGAAGAGACUGUAACAUACUUUCAGAGUGUGGAAAUGCUGUAGCAGAUAUCAUGUUUGUAUUAGACGACUCUGGAAGCAUUUCUAAGGAUGAAUUUCUAUUGAUGAAACAUUUUGUCAAGAAACUUGUCUCAUCUUUUCCAAUAUCGUCAAAUGCUGUCCAAGUUGGUAUUAUCACAUUUAGCACCGCUGUAAAGAACCAAUUUAAUAUGAAUAAAUACAGAAAUAUCCUCGAAAUAAACGCAGCGAUUGACAGAAUAGGUCACACCGGAGGCUGGACACACACCUAUGCCGCUUUAAAUUACCUUAAAGAUUCUUCCUUCAGUGCAAUAUCUGGUGACCGAAAAGAUGUAUUGAAUAUUGCAGUUGUCAUCACAGACGGAAACUCAAAUAAUCAAGUCUGGACAGUAAAAGCAGCCGAAAAGCUCAAAAAGAGUGGAACUAUUAUAUUCGCAAUUGGAGUCGGGAAAAAGAUUUCGAAUACCGAACUCAAAGCAAUUGGUAGCGAGCCGAGUUCGAAAUACGUAUUUUCAGUGAAUAGUUUUGCUGUCUUACAGAGUAUAUCAUCGACAUUCUCAACUAAAGCAUGCAGUGUUCUGCGGCCCUGUAGAUGUGAAGCGUCUGGUGACCCUCACUAUAGAACGUUCGAUGGACAAAUGAUACAUUUCAUGGGGACAUGCAAAUAUACACUGGCUACUAAUAAGAACGGAUCGAACAAUACCGACUUUUCUGUUGAAGUAAAGAACGAACACCGAGGAAAUGACCGUGUAUCUUACACACGUUUAGUGGAUGUCAAACUCACUGGUUACACAAUUCGUCUGUUGCCAGCUAACAAAAUCUUGAUAAAUUCAGUAGAGAAAUCCUUACCUGUAAGAAAUUAUAGAGAGUUUUCAGCCACAUACUCUGUCGGGUGGAUUACAGUUACCACUAUGUGGGGUUUGAAGGUCAUGUUUGAUGGUAGACACAGAGUCACUGUUACAUUACCACCAAUAUUUGCCGAU